GGUCACAUCCAGACGGUCCCUGCUGCUCUUCCUCCUCCUCUUCCUCCCUCCGCCUAUAAAGCCUCUGACGGACAGAGACAGACACUUUCUACGUCAGUCAGUCAGACGGAACCGGACCGGACCCGCACUCCUCUCUUCUCAGAACUUCAGCUGUCAGUCAGGAUGUCCAUCACCAAGAUCCACGCCCGUGAGAUUCUGGACUCCAGAGGGAACCCGACCGUGGAGGUGGACCUGUGGACGGCUAAAGGUCUCUUCAGGGCCGCCGUCCCCAGCGGUGCGUCCACCGGAGUCCACGAGGCCCUGGAGCUCCGCGACGGAGACAAGAGCCGCUACCUGGGCAAAGGGACACAGAAGGCUGUGGACCACGUCAACAAAGAGAUCGCCCCCCAGCUGAUUGAGAAGAAGUUCAGCGUUGUCGAGCAGGAGAAGAUCGACAAGUUCAUGCUGGAGUUGGAUGGCACAGAGAACAAAUCUAAGUUUGGAGCUAACGCCAUCCUGGGCGUGUCGCUGGCCGUCUGUAAGGCCGGAGCGGCGGAGAAGGGAGUCCCCCUCUACCGCCACAUUGCUGACCUCGCCGGACACAAGGACGUCAUCCUUCCUGUUCCUGCCUUUAACGUGAUCAACGGUGGAAGUCAUGCUGGGAACAAGCUGGCCAUGCAGGAGUUCAUGAUUCUACCUGUAGGAGCUUCAAACUUCCAUGAGGCCAUGAGGAUUGGAGCUGAGGUCUACCACAACCUGAAGAACGUCAUCAAAGCCAAAUACGGCAAAGAUGCCACCAACGUAGGAGAUGAGGGAGGCUUCGCCCCCAACAUCUUGGAGAACAACGAGGCCCUGGAGCUGCUGAAGACGGCCAUCGAAAAGGCCGGCUAUCCCGAUAAGAUCAUUAUCGGCAUGGAUGUGGCCGCCUCCGAGUUCUUCCGCAAUGGAAAGUACGACCUGGACUUCAAGUCCCCCAACGACCCGUCCAGACACAUCAGUGGAGAGCAGCUGGGAGACCUGUACCGCAGCUUCAUCAAGGGCUACCCAGUUCAGUCCAUUGAGGAUCCAUUUGACCAGGAUGACUGGGAACAAUGGGCUAAGUUCACUGCCUCUGUGGACAUCCAGAUUGUAGGAGAUGAUCUGACGGUGACCAAUCCAAAGAGGAUCCAGCAGGCGGUGGAGAAGAAGGCCUGCAACUGUCUUCUGCUCAAAGUCAACCAGAUCGGCUCCGUCACCGAGUCCAUCCAGGCGUGUAAGCUGGCUCAGAGCAGUGGCUGGGGUGUGAUGGUCAGCCAUCGUUCUGGAGAGACGGAGGACACCUUCAUCUCUGACUUGGUGGUUGGACUCUGCACUGGACAGAUUAAGACUGGCGCCCCCUGCAGGUCAGAGCGUCUGGCCAAGUACAAUCAGCUGAUGAGGAUCGAGGAGGAACUGGGAGACAAAGCCAAGUUCGCUGGGAAGGACUUCCGCCACCCAAAGAUCAACUGAGCCUCCGCCUUACCGCCUAGCCGUCGCCAUGCCAACGGACUGACACCUGGGGAUCCCUGAAGCCACGCCCCCUCACAGUGGGGGGCCUUUAGCCCCGCCCUCACAGUGGUUAUUCCAUAAAGAGUGUUUUCUAUCAAAACUCAGAGUAAACAAAUAAAAUCAGUC